CAUGGCGCCAAACACGAGCCAUCUAAAGACCCGCUGGUUGUCCGGAAUGGAAGAGGAGAGGGAUGUGAAACUGACAGCUGAAAAAGGGGGCGUGGAUUGGUGACGGUACGCUGGCGAUUGGAGAGUUCCUCAUCAUGUGUUCAUGCGGGUUCGGGCCAAACGGACGCCUUAGGAUCACGACUAACUCGAAGACUAUCAUUCUUCCGGCGGCACCUAUCGAAUAUUUUAGCAGGGUACCGCCGUGGACCGACAUCACAUUUCUGAUAACAAUAUCAUUGCCAGUGUUAGUCUUUCUACAGAUCACUGUGAAAACAACCCGUGCAGGUUUUGAGGCCGAUCUUUGCAAUUUGCCCCCUUUCGUGGGACCCCUAACAUUAGACACGCGCUUAGACACACUCUCCUCUCUUUCUGCUCCAGAGAAAAUUGGUAAAAAUGCACAUCAAAAAAAUCUAAGAAAUAACAGCAAUCUUUGGAGGGGUAACGCGCUUAUGCAAUGGCAUCAGCUUCCCCCUGCUCGCAACCUUUAAUGGUGCCUUUGACACAUGUGAACAACUGCUGCCCAUCUUU